AUGUCUGGACGUACGUUGCUAUUUGAUAAAUCACUGGAAAAAAUCACAUUUACAUUCCACUACGCGGGCUUGCUGCUGGACACUAAAACGAAAACCUUUAAAGAAAAAAUAAAAACACGUUGUAUAUACCUAUUAAACAUCUCCUGGGCGGGUUUUGACGUUACUGGUUCUAUAUACUGGUUUAUAGACGGUAUAAUGAAAGGAAAAAGAUUUAUUGAUCUCACGUAUAUUGCUCCUUGCAUUGGUCUAAGUUCCUUGGCAUUUUUAAAAGCUAUAAUAUUGACAGUCAAUGAAAAGCGUGUCGACGAACUUAUUGACAGUAUACGGUAUUUGGAGUCAACAGAAAAGCAAAGCGAGAUUGUAGAAAAAAAAGAAUCAAUAAUAGCAGAUGAAAGAAGAUUUUUAAAUAAUAUUAUUAAUACGCUGAAUAUCUUCAACGUAAUAAUGAUAGUAACAUUCUCCAGCUGUCCGUUAGUGUUGAUGUUGAUCGAAUAUUUGAAGACGAAAGAAUUUGAGCUGAUGCUGCCCUUCCUUGUGGUUUAUCCAUUCAAUUCUUACGACAUUAGGUAUUGGCCUUUCGUGUACAUGCAUCAGUUUUGGUCCGGGUGCGUGGUGAUGCUAGACACAUAUAGUGCGGACUAUCUGCUCUUUACCUUCUGCACCUACAUCAGGAUCCAUUUCAGGCUUCUCCAGUAUGACAUGGGGAACAUAAUACCCGGCCUAGGAAACAACACUGCAAUAAGCUUCCGUGAUGAAGUGUUUAAGAACAAAUUCGUGAAUCUCGUCAAGAGGCAUCAGAUGUGCAUACGCUCUGUGUACCUACUAGAAGCUAUUUACACAAAAUCUAUUCUCUAUAACUUUUUGUCGAGCUCUAUUCUUAUCUGCCUCACUGGAUUCAACGUUGUGGCCAUAGAAGAUAUGGCGCUCAUCUUUACGUUCCUGAUCUUUCUGUCCACUUGCUUGCUGCAAGUUUACUUACUUUGCUUCUUUGGCGAUAUGCUGAUGCAGUCGAGCACAGCAGUCUGUGACGCUGCUUACAACUGCUCCUGGUAUUCCGCGGAUGCAGUCAUUGGCAAAAGUAUGCUCAUAGUCCUAACGCGCGCUCAGAAGCCGUGCAAGUUGACAGCGAUGGGUUUCGCAGACGUUAACCUUAUGGCGUUUACAAGUAUUCUGAGGAACUCUUGGUCGUGUUUCUGUUUGUUAAACACUAUGUAUACUCCAUAA